GGUGGAAUCACAGAUGAACAAAAAGCAAAACUAAGACAGUAUAAAGAAUCUUGUAUAAAUGAAUCUGGUGUUGAUCCGACCGUCGUAGAAAAUGCGAAAAAGGGGGAAAUAGCUGAAGGUGACGAAAAAUUGGCUUGCUUUUCUACUUGUCUAUUAAAGAAAAUUGGAAUUAUAAAUGCGAAUGGAGAUAUUGACUGGGAAGUAGCUCGUGCAAAAGUACCAUCCGGUGUACCACAAGAACAAACCGAUCGCAUAUACAAUAAUUGCCAAAACGUUGCUGGAGAGGGUUGCGCAAAAGGAGCCAAUUUGUUGAAAUGUUUCGUAGAGAACAAAAGUUUUUCCGUUUUAUCAUAAAACAGACGAAGCUAAACGUUGCGCGAUCAAAUAAUCGGAUCUAAUUUAUCUUUUAUUGUCGAUGGUAAUAAAAUGUUGUUUUGCAUUUACGUAUUGAUGUAAAGCUAUGUUAAGAAAUAAAUAUAUGGACAUUCUGCUUUAGCCUAAAAA